AUGCCCGUCAGGAUAGGGAUUAUUGGCUGCGGCGAGAUCACACAGGUGGUCCAUAUUCCCACAAUCGGUCAUCUUUCCGAUCUGUUCACCAUAACAUAUCUCUGCGAUGUUUCCAAUGAUGCGCUUGUACACUGUCAGGGGCGUAUAGCUGGCAAACAGCCUAGCGUCACUCGGAACGCCGAAGAUCUCUGCUGUUCUCCCAAUGUCGACGUUGUGCUCGUUGCGAACAGCGAUGCGUUUCAUGUCCCUCAUACGCUGCUCGGGCUCAAGUACAACAAGACAGUCUUGGUCGAGAAGCCAAUGGCUCUCAACCUGAGAGAUGCAGAUCUGAUAAUUGAGGCUGAGAAGGCCUCGAGUGGCCAAGUCAUGGUGGGUUAUAUGCGCAGGUAUGCGGCUGCAUUCCAAGACGCAGUCAAAGAGUUAGGAGGACGAACGAUUCUCUACGCCAGGGUUCGAGACAUUAUUGGGCCGAAUGCCGCGUUUGUCACACAAUCUGGUACCUUCCCGAAGGUCUUCAGCGACUUCAGCGCUGAGGACUCCAACGAACUCAAGGCUCGGACAGAUGGUUUCUUGGAGCAAGCGCUUGUCCAAGAACUGGGCCUACCUGUCACUCCAUCAAACACGUUGAUGUGGCGUCUGCUCGGUGGCCUAGGUUCACACGACUUGAGCGCCAUGAGAGAGGUCCUAGGAAUGCCAGAAGAAGUAAGAGGUGCGGUCAACUGUGGAUCUACUGAGAAUCUCUUCUGGAGUGCGCUCUUCCAAUAUCCCAGUUUCGCUGUGUCUUACGAAUCUGGCAUCGACAGCGUACCACGAUUCGACGCGGCCAUCGAGAUCUUCACGCAAGACAAGACAGUCAAGAUCUGCUACGAUACACCCUACAUCAAAGGUCUACCGACGACCAUGUUCAUUCGCGAGAAACUACUAGACGGAUCUUACCGUGAGUCGACGACUCGCAGAACCUACGAGGAUCCCUAUACGCUUGAGUUCAAGGAGCUGUAUGCUGUGGUGACGGAAGGGAAACCCAUCAAGACGACCCCAGCUGAUGCGAGGAAAGAUGUUGAAAUUUUCGGCAUGAUCAUGCGCGCAGGCGCGCGUGGUGACAAUAGCAGCUCGGCAUCCAAAGUUGCACCCCUGACGAAUGGGAACAGUCACUAG